UCCCAUGACGUAUAACGAAAGAAAAGCUCGAGCUCUCCUACGACCGGGGUCCAGGCGGAUUACAGGCGAGGCGAGGAUGAGAAGGGAGGCAAGGAAAACAUAAAAAGAAAAGAAGAAGGACUUGUCAAGAAAGAAGAGUACUGACCCCACGAAAAGUAAAGCCAGGGAAAAGAAGAGUAAAUAUUGUACAUUAAUAUACGAAGGAACCCCUAAAAACUAUGAAUCCCCAGCGCGUAGUGUCGUUACCUGUUCGAUUGUAAGACGUGACAGUUAGAUGUUACAGUUUGCCAUUGCCGGGCAGAGCUGCUACUUUAUUGCACACUAAGAGUGCAAACGUCAUGGAUCACAGAUCAGAAAACACAACUGGCUAGACCUUCACUAGAUCAACUGAGGUUUGAUAAGAAAAAAAAUAGAAAUAAAGACGGCCAAGAAGGUGUCGAGAAGAAUGGAUUUUAGCGCACUUCGGAAUCUCAUCAGCAGAUAUUGUACCGGAGAGGAGAACUGGGUAGACAGCCGGACAGUCUACAUCGGCCAACGGGAACCCCCACCUGGGACAGAGGCCUACAUCCCUCAGCGGUUCCCCGAUAAUCGGAUCGUGUCUUCCAAGUACACCUUCUGGAAUUUUGUGCCGAAGAAUUUGUUUGAGCAGUUCAGAAGGGUUGCGAAUUUUUACUUCCUCAUCAUAUUCCUGGUCCAGCUGAUAAUCGACACCCCCACCAGCCCCGUCACCAGCGGCCUGCCCCUUUUCUUUGUCAUCACUGUCACCGCCAUCAAACAGGGCUAUGAGGAUUGGCUACGCCACAAAGCUGACAAUGCUGUCAACCAAUGUCCUGUUCAUAUCAUCCAGCACGGCAAGGUGGUGAGGAAGCAGAGCCGCAAGCUGCGGGUUGGGGACAUUGUCUUGGUUAAGGAGGAUGAGACAUUCCCCAGUGACCUCAUCCUCCUGUCCACGAGCCGGGAUGAUGGCACCUGCUUUGUGACAACAGCCAGUUUGGACGGGGAAUCCAGUCACAAGACGUACUAUGCAGUGCAGGACACAAAGUCGUUUAAUACUGAGAAGGAGGUGGACAUGCUGAGGGCCACCAUUGAGUGCGAGCAGCCACAACCUGACCUUUACAAAUUUGUCGGACGCAUCAAUAUUUAUCAGGACCGAGAUGAACCCAUCGCAAGGCCCCUGGGUUCUGAGAACCUGCUUCUGCGAGGAGCCACACUAAAGAACACAGAAUUUGUUUAUGCUGUGGCCAUUUAUACCGGCAUGGAGUCCAAGAUGGCUCUCAACUACCAAUCCAAGUCGCAGAAACGUUCAGCCGUCGAAAAGUCUAUGAAUGCCUUCCUGGUUGUUUACCUGUGCAUCCUAAUCAGCAAGGCCCUGAUCAACACAACGCUGAAGUACGUAUGGCAGGCUGACCCUAACCGGGAUGAGCCCUGGUAUAAUGGAAAGACCGACCACGAGAGGCAGCGACACGUGAUGAUCAGAGCUUUCACCGACUUCCUGGCUUUCAUGGUCCUGUUCAACUACAUCAUCCCUGUGUCCAUGUACGUCACCGUUGAGAUGCAGAAGUUCCUGGGUUCCUACUUCAUUACCUGGGAUGAUGAGAUGUUUGACGAGGAGCUCGGCGAGGGGGCUCUGGUUAAUACCUCUGACCUCAAUGAAGAGCUGGGGCAGGUGGAAUAUGUCUUCACCGAUAAGACCGGUACCCUGACAGAGAACAACAUGGAGUUCAUAGAGUGCUGCGUGGAUGGCCAUGUCUACGUCCCACACGCCAUCUGCAAUGGCCAGAUUCUCUCUGGAUCCUCUGGCAUCGACAUGAUCGACUCCUCACCUGGUCCUGAUGGGAAGGAGCGUGAGGAGUUGUUCUUCCGUGCCCUCUGCCUGUGCCACACCGUGCAAGUGAAGGAGGAAGAAACAGUUGAUGGCAUCAAGCGGGGGAUCCACCAGGGCAAGGCGACCUCAUUCUAUAUCUCCUCCUCUCCGGAUGAGGUGGCGUUGGUGGAGGGCAUGAAAAGGCUGGGGUUUACUUACCUACGGCUAAAGGACAAUCACAUGGAAAUCCUGAAUAGGGAAGAUGAGGUAGAGAGGUUUGAGCUACUGGAGGUGCUCAACUUUGAUUCUGUCCGAAGGAGAAUGAGUGUGAUUGUCCGCUCCAGCUCAGGACAUCUGUACUUGUUCUGCAAAGGAGCCGACUCAUCCAUCUUCCCCAGAGUCAUCUCUGGGAAAGUGGACCGGGUCCGAGCCCGGGUGGAGCACAAUGCUGUGGAGGGCCUUCGGACACUCUGUGUGGCCUACAAGGCCCUGAGUCAGGAGGAGUACCACAACGUGUGCCAGCUGCUGGACAGUGCCAAGCUGGCCCUGCAGGACAGGGACAGGAAGCUGGCAGAGGCCUACGACCUUAUCGAGAGGGAUCUCAUCCUGCUGGGGGCCACUGCUGUGGAGGACAGGCUCCAGGAAAAGGCAGCAGACACCAUCGAGUCACUGCACAAGGCCGGCAUGAAGGUGUGGGUGCUGACAGGAGACAAGAUGGAGACGGCGGCAGCCACCUGCUACGCCAGCAAGCUGUUCCGGCGCAGCACGCAGAUCCUGGAGCUGACCACCAAGCGCACGGAGGAGCAGAGCCUGCAUGACGUGCUCUUCGAGCUCGGCCGCACCGUGCUGCGGCAACACGGCAGCCUCACGCACGACGCCUUCUCCGGGCUGUCCGGUGAGUUUCAGGACUACGGGCUGAUCAUCGACGGGGCCACGCUGUCCGCAGUGAUGAAGCCAGCACAGGACGACAGCUCGGGGAACUACAAGGAGAUUUUCCUGGAGAUCUGCCGGAACUGCAGUGCCGUGCUCUGCUGCCGCAUGGCGCCGCUGCAGAAAGCGCAGAUCGUGAAGCUGAUCAAGGCCUCAAAGGAGCAUCCCAUCACACUGGCCGUCGGCGAUGGAGCCAACGAUGUGAGCAUGAUCCUGGAAGCUCACGUCGGCAUAGGCAUUAUGGGUAAAGAGGGUCGCCAGGCAGCCAGAAACAGUGACUAUGCAAUCCCCAAGUUCAAACACCUGAAGAAGAUGCUGCUGGUUCACGGUCACUAUUACUACAUACGCAUCGCUGAGCUGGUGCAGUACUUCUUCUACAAGAAUGUCUGCUUCAUCUUCCCCCAGUUCCUCUAUCAGUUCUUCUGCGGCUUCUCUCAGCAGCCCCUGUAUGAUACAGCCUAUCUCACGCUCUACAACAUCAGCUUUACCUCCCUGCCCAUCCUGCUCUACAGCCUCAUCGAGCAGCACGUCAGCAUGGACAUCCUGAAGAGGGACCCUUCCCUGUACAGGGAUAUAGCCAAGAAUUGCCUGCUUCGCUGGCGGAUUUUCAUAUACUGGACUUUUCUGGGCCUCUUUGACUCAAUGGUCUUCUUCUUUGGUGCUUACUUCCUGUUCGACAACACUACCUUUACCAGCAAUGGACAGCUAAUGACCACCAACACACAAAUGAUAUUUGGAAACUGGACUUUUGGGACUCUGGUCUUCACCGUGUUGGUGUUCACAGUCACCCUAAAGCUUGCUCUGGACACUCACUACUGGACGUGGAUCAACCACUUUGUCGUUUGGGGAUCUUUGCUUUUCUACGUCGUUUUCUCCCUGCUGUGGGGAGGAGUCAUCUGGCCAUUCCUGAACUACCAGAGGAUGUACUACGUGUUUGUGCAGAUGCUGUCCAGCGGGCCGGCCUGGCUGGGCAUCGGGCUGCUUGUCAUCAUUAGUCUGCUGCCGGAUGUGCUCAAAAAGGUCCUCUGCCGAGCACUCUGGCCAACCAGCACUGAGCGCAUCCAGAAUGUGGAGAAGCUGUACCAGAGCCACCUAUCAGAGUUCACGCCUCUGCCCUUGCUGAACUCCUCCCUCCCAGACUUCGAAGCCCACAACAUCAACCCCAGAAGGUCUGGCCACCGCUCUAAAGAACUGAUGUAUACCCACUGGAGGGGCACCACUGGCUACUGCACUUUCAGCUCCACCCUCGGUCCCCCUGGCAUUGGCCGCACGCACAGAUUAGUGGGCCUUGAAACCUCAGUGUAGCCCGGACCUCUGUUACCUAUGCCUUUAAGAGACGAGCAAAUCCCACAAGAGGCAACCCAUGCCAAUACCUUGGAGCUGGAGCAACCUCAUUCUGCUCUAAUUGAUGGGUUUGGACAGACAGAGACUAGGCUUUGGUUCCUAGAACUCUGACCCACUCCAUCCCUGUGGUGGGUGGGCUCAGUACUGUGUGGUCUGGGACCACACGGCCUCUGACCUCACCUCCCGCUUAACCUCUGACCCCUUUUAAUGCUGCGGCGAGACUGUGAGACCCUCCCGUUACGCCCUCCUCCCCAGAGACCCUCAUAUCACUGCCUCUGCGGGUGAUAUUACUUGAAAAACAGACACGUAAACACUGGCACCAAGAGCAUUGUGAUCAACUGUUGGUUUUGUGGCAAAGUGAACAGAAUCUGCACUGGAUGAAAACCUCUGUGCCCGUUUGUUUAACUUUUCUAUUAUUCUGUUUUUCUUUCUUUCCUGCUGCUCGCAGAACAAACUGGUGUUGUGCAAAUCUUUUGUCGAGAAACACCACAUAGGACUCUUGUCCUGUUCACUUUCAUCGUAAGUGCUGUAGACCAAGCAAGAGUGUUCACUGUGCUAGACUGGUCUUAAAAUGAGAGGUAGUGAUGGACAAAAUGAUGCUUCAUGAACCAUUUGCUGUAUUUUUUUUAUCCCACUAGAUAGCGCUGUAUGUUCAUAAAUGGGCACAAAGAAUGCCCCAAAGCGAACGCAGAGCACCAUCUUUUGGGGGUCAAAAAAAUGCAGCAAAUGGUUCAUUAAGCAUCAUUUUGUCCAUCACUGAUGAGAGGCCCCCAGCUUCUAGAACCUCCUUCUGUAGCUCAAGACAUAGGUUUGAUAUGGCUGCUUGGUUCCUCAUCAUAUAUAACCGCUGACACAAUUCUGAAGGAUUAGGAUAAUAUUUAACUCUAAAUUUCUUCCUGUAACCUGUUGUCUUCCCUGCAAUUCAUUAUUUUACUACAGCCUAUUUGACCAGAAUCACAUUUCUGUCAAAUGCAAUCGAAAGACUUUAAUAGAUCUAGCGGUUAGAUGACAGACAUCGUGUGGUACAGGAAAUUCGAUUGUGACCUGCGACAAGUCAGAAGUCAACCACAGCUGUGACCUGUUGCCAUGGCAGCCAGCGUACUGCAUUUGUGUGACACGUUGUUCUGUAUGUGCUGGAUUUGUGCCCCUUUGUCUGUCCCCAGCUGGAUGCUUACAGUGUGAUUGAUCUUAGUAGAGUGUCUGACAGUGGAUGUGUGUGAAUUCUCUGCCUUAAUAUUACUGUUUCUUUCCUUAUUGUCUGGAGCCAAAGGUCGGGGGGAAAAAAUACCAAGAACAACAACAAAAAAAAUAAUAAUACACACACUUUGUUUUUGCCUUAUGCUGAGACUUGGGGUGGCAGGCAUUUUGACAAAUUGUAAGCUCUAGUUAUCUUGCCUUAAAUGACUGGCCCCUACAUCAGUGGGAGGGGUGGUGGGGAGUAUUGUAGCCAAAGUGAAGGACUGCACAGUGCUUGGUUGCCUUGGAGACGUGUGGCUGCAUUCUGCAUAUGUACAAAUGGUAUAAAUGACUUCCCGUCCCCCCCCCCCCCCCCACACACCCGCCUCCCACCUUUCCACUGCUGCUUUGCCCUCAGCUGCAUUCCUCCUUGUUGUUUCAGUUCAGACCAAUAGGCUGGUCCCUCAGCCACCCUCACCGUGACUGUGUUUCCCACAGUUCGGCGGUACUUUUACACAUCUACACACAUUUUACACAUUUCUACAUGUCUGGUGUUCACAAACACCGAUCCUGGUGCAUCCACUGGGCUCCACAUUCAUGACCUGGCCUUUGCCAAGUGAAAAAAAAACUUCUUGAGAGUUCACCAGAGGCACAGGCGAAAUUAGCAUUAGCGAUUUACCAUGAUGACUAAAAUACUAAAGAAUA